AUGGUCGGGAAAAUGUUGGAAAAUGAUGGUUAUAAGUGUAGUAAGCAAGUGCCGUUUUUGAGACAGCUACUUGCAGUAAGUGGAGUGGUGAUGUACAUGAUAGGCACCGGGGCUAACAUAGCCUAUCCAGGAGUCCUUCUUGAGCAGCUUCGCCAGCCCGACUCUGCUCUGCGCCUCACUCCAGACCACGAGUCUUGGAUUGCUUCCAUUCUCGGACUAGCUCUCAUCUCAGGGAUAGUUGUAGCGCCAUUCAGCCUGCAAAAGCUGGGCCGUCGUCUCACCAAUCAGUUGAGCAGUCUACCAGCACUUGGAGGCUGGGCGUUGCUCGUUACUGCGAAAGAUCCCACCGUUCUUCUGAUCAGCAGGUCUUUACAGGGCUUCGGAAUGGGUAUCCAAGCAGCAGCCGCGCCUGUCUCCAUAGCUGAAUACUCAGCCCCAAAACACAGAGGAGCUUUCUUAGCCACUAUCGCGUUUUCCUUCGCAACUGGAAUGUUAGCUGCUCACGUUUUUGGUACCAUAUUAUACUGGAGAACCGCAGCGCUGGCCUGUGGAAGUUGCUACGCCAUAUCUCUUCUUUUAGUCUCUUUAACACCAGAAACUCCACCGUACCUAGCCACUAAAGGCAAAUUUGAAGAAUGUAAAAAAUCGUUCCGAUGGUUGAGGGGCUUCGACGACGAGUCUGAAAAAGAAUUGGAGGUUCUACUGAACAGCCAGAAAAAUACAUUUGUACCACGCAAAAAGGUAUCUAAAUUGAAGGCGUUCCUUGAAAUAUCGAAGAAGCCAGAGUUUUACAAGCCAACAGUGAUAAUGAUGUUCAUGUUUGUGCUGUUCCAAAUAUCUGGGAUGACUGUAGUACCGUCUUACACGGUACCCAUGAUGGAAGAAGUAACUGAUGGUGCGAUUGAAUCAUACACCAGUAUGUUGAUGGUUGAUGUCGUCAGAUUCGUGACUGCUGUUCUAUCUUGUAUGGUGGUAAACAAAUUAAAUCGAAGGACUGUUCUUUUUGUAGGAAUAAUUAUCAGCGUCCUUGCACUCUUCACCACUUCCUUCCUUCUAUACUUACGGGAUUUCGGAUACAUAGCCGAUGAUUAUAAGUGGAUACCAGUAGUCCCUACAUUGAUAUACAUUUUUGGAAAAACGUUAGGUAUUCUUCCUAUACCUUGGGCAAUAGCUGGGGAGGUUUUCCCAUUAGCUUAUAGAUCUCUUGGCAGCGGUAUAUCUGGAAUGUUCUUGUCUCUCAUGUUCUUUGUGGUGGUGAAGACUGCCCCAACGUCAUUUAGACAGAUCGGGGUGAGCGGGACCUUCUGUGUUUAUGGAUUAUGUAUUGCGAUCUGUGGGGCGUUUUUGUAUUAUCUAUUGCCAGAAACAAAAGGGAAGACGCUUUAUGAAAUCGAGUGUCACUUCAAAGGAAUUAAGGAUACAACUGGAGAAGCUGAACCCCACGAAAAGGACAAAAUGCUGGAACUGGAGAACAUUGAGGGUGGUUGA